AUGGCCUUGCUGGCCCCGCUGGGCUGCCUUCCGGAUCCGAGCAACUGGGUGGUGGACAAAAUCGAUACGGCUGCCAACGCAGCCGGAGAUUUCAUGGCCGGCCUCAUCCCUUCCAUGAGCCUGGACUUCUCGGCCAGCGCGAUUGAUGUCCUGGUGCCCGAGAAGAUCUUCUGCGAGACUCCACUGAAGACGCCCGGCUUCGACGGUGCCCCCUGCGCGGUGGAGCUCGGGUGCCAACAAUCUGGCAGGAGCCCUGAGCCGGACAACCAGGUCCCACCAUCAGCACAGGUCACAAAGAGCGUCACCCGGAAUCCGGCGGUGGCGGGCGCAUGCCACGACAUUCCCAUGGGAGAUCGGUUCAUUCAGCUUGGUGAUUGGCGCUUGGCAGACGUCGACGGAACACACUUCUCGAUCUCGCACAAGGAUGGCUGGACGGCUCAAAUCUACAAGAGCGACGGCACCCUCCACCCUACCAUGUGGCACGCGUUUGGUAAUAGCUGCAGGCCCAUCGGACCGUCCAAGGGAAUCAGAUUCGGCUUUCAGUUUAUAGAGAUCGGCCAAUUCCGCCUCGGCGCCGCUGACGAUAACCUCUUCUCAAUUUCGCACAUCUAUGGCUGGACUGUCCAGGCUUUCAGAAACGAUGGCACGCUUCACCCUUCCAUGCACAACGCCUGGGGCCUCUGGCAUCGUCCGGAGGGCAUGCCUGUGGGCGUCAGCUUCGGCGACCGGUUCCUGCAGUUCGGCAACUUCCGGAUCGGAGAUGGCAACGGUCACCUUUUUUUGAUCACUCAUCGCCACUCUGGCAACAGCAUCCAGAUCUUCAGAAACGACGGAACCUUGCACCCAUACACCUGGGGCCAGUGGACCUAUCUCGUUAACAACCGACAGCCAGCAGCAUGGACGUGCAAGGCCGUCACGGAGAUAGCGUACGGAGAAUGCAAAGGGGACUUCGGCUCCUUCGGGGACCGCUUCAUCCAGAUGGGCCAGUGGCGUCUGGCAGCCAUCGACGCAACACAUUUCUCCUUCUCGCACAAGGACGGCCAGACGGCAGUGAUCUACCGCGACGAUGGCUACGUCUUUUACGGGCCCAGAACGGACUACGGUGCCUGGCACCGACCGUUUGGCUUUCCCCAUGGCAUCACCUUCGGAGAGGGCUUCAUCCAGCUUGGCAAGUGGCGCCUGGCAGCAAUGGACAACGACCACCUUUCUAUCUCGCACCAAGGUGGACAGACGGCACAGAUCUUCAGGCAGGAUGGGACGUUGCAUCCAGGCCCAACAACUGGCUGGAACAGCUGGGCCGUGCACUCUGCCGGUCCUCCUGCAGACAUCACGUUUGGAGAUGGGUUCAUCCAGCUUGGGCGGUUUCGCAUCGGGGAUGGUGAUGGCACAAUCUUUCUGGUCUCUCACCGGUUUGGCCAUGCCAUUCAAAUCUUCCGAUCCGAUGGGACCGUCCACCCGUACACCGGUGAUAUGCAUACCUGGAUGAUCAAGGAUCGGUAUACGCAGUGGCACUGUGGUAGUGUCCAGCUCAUGGGCUCCUGCCCCGGCAUCACUGCAGGUGAGGACUUCUUGCAGAUCGGCGACUGGCGCCUUGCGCAAAGCUCUUUGGCGACACAUCAUCAGUUCCGAGUGACCCACCGCCUUGGCACGAUGGCUGCGAUGUACGAUGCUGGUGGAUUUCUGCAUGCGGGGCCACUCGCCGAUCCGGACAGCUGGUAUCUGGAGGCCAAGGAGGCCACCAACAAAGUCCUCUUUGGAGAUCGCUUUAUUCAGAUCGGCCAGUGGCGGCUGGGUGAAGUGGACGCGACACACUUCUCCAUCUCCCACAGCAGCGGCGCUGUCGGACAGAUCUGGCGUUCGGAUGGCACACGUCACCCGCAUGUCAACAACUACUGGGACUUGUGGACGGGAGCAAAUUAUCGUCCUGUGGGCCCUCCGACAGGCAUCACUUUUGGUGAUCGCUUUGUGCAGAUCGGAGGCUUUCGAAUCGGCGACGCCGACGGAAGACACUUCUCAGUGGCCUACAAGGAUGGCACCACCAUCGAGAUCUUCAGGGAUGAUGGCUUGGCCUUCGGUGGCCCACGGAAUGACUACACGACUUUCGGUCGUUCGCUUCGGGAGUGCUGGGUGGUGUAG